AUGGCUGGACGUGGCAGAGGAAGAGGCAAACCUUCUAUGUCAAUUAGCACAGAACAAUUGGGUUUUACUAAAGGAGAGGCAUUACCACCACCAGUCUUACAACCUCCACCAAAAUAUCCUUCUUUAGAAUACAAACCAAUGCCAUUAAUUAUUAAUACAGAAAUGAGUUAUUUGUUAGAAUUAAAGAGAGAAUAUGCAGAAUAUAUGAGAGAAUCAUCUAACAAUGUUUUACCUCUUGUAAUUAAAAAAGAUAUUGAGAGGUAUUCAGAUCGAUAUCAAGAUUUGAUUACAGAUAAAAGUAGUUAUGAGACUAGAUACGAUUGGAGCAGAAUGCCACCAGAAUUAAAACCUCAGCUAAGAAAACGUAAAGGACAAAAAUUUGAAAAGCCAUUGAAAAAGCAAAAAAAUGUUGAUGUUGAGUCAAAGUUGCAAGAAUUAGAGAAAAAAGAGAAUUCACAACAAAGUGAUACAGAAGAAGAAGAAAAGGAAGAAGAAGAAACAGAAGAAAAAGAUGAUGAGCAUGCAGAGGAUGAAGAAGAGGAAUUGGAUGAGGAAAUGGAUGAAGGAACUGAUUAUCUUAAUAAUUAUUUCGAUAAUGGAGAAGGUUACGAUGAUGAAGACGAUAAUUUAGAUGAUGGACCUAUUUAUUAAGAUAUGACUUUUUAUAAGAAUCAAGAAAUUACUCUUUGUUUUUAAUUAUUGGAUUAAAAUACUUACAAGUUAUUAAUUGAGCACUGUAUGGCAAUAUGUGUGUAUAUAUAUAUUUUAUCGGAUCACGUGUUUAAAUAAAUCACGUGUUUUAAUAAAAUCAUUUCAAUCAAA